CCUCGACCCGAUGCUCCAGCUCCGAGCAUAACGCCCACCUCACUCACGGUGUCCCCGCAACCGCAGCGGCCGACUUCGCAGCCCUCCGUGGCGCUGACCGGCUACCUCUCGUCGCGCCCCUCGUCCCCCUCCUCACCCUCCGGCUCCGUCGGGCGGCCCACGCACGCCGCGAUCCGGCGCCCCUCAUCCUCCAUGUCGGCGUCCUCGCGGCGCGCGCUCCUCUCGCCGCCUGACACGACGCUGCCGCAGCGCCUUCCACGCCCGGUGCCAGCCGACGCCGCCGCCUUCGCCGAACUGCACCAGGAGCUCGAAGCCGAGCAGGAGGCGCAAGUCAACCGACUGCUGAACCUGAUCCGGCAGCAGAGCCUAGCGGGCGGCGGGUCGAUCGACGGGGACAUGGUGUCGAACGCGGCAACGGUCGAUUCCACGUCGACCCGCGCGGGCCGCAUCAGUCGUCGCGGCUCAAAUAGGCUCUCCCGUGAGGGCUCGUACUACCGGCCCAGCUCCGUGUCCAGGGCGUCGAGUCCUGCGCCCACGACAGGCGGCGGCGAUAGUGCUAGUGAGGCCUCGGCGUGGGUCGGCGCCUCACAGGGCGGCGCGGAGUUUCAUCUCGCGGAAAGCCAGAUGCUCAAAAGGGAGAAUGAAAUGCUGAAGCGCCGCAUCAGAGAGCUGGAGAUGAUCGUUGCUGACCUGAAAACU